AUGUCGUCUAAGGAUGAUAGCCACGCGACUUCAUCGCAAAGCGUACAGCCAGUUGUGCCUUCGGCUGCUCUAUCGGAGCAACCCAAUCAGACUGGAUGCGGCAGCAAAGACAAAUAUCUCUUCCAGCCACCUAUAACCGUCGAUCUUCCUCAUAUGUCUAGAGAAGAGCACAGGGUUGAAUGGAAGAAGAUCUCAUGCGAGUUUUGCCGCAGGCGCAAGGUCAAAUGCGACAAGAGAGAUCCAUGUGGCCAAUGUAGCAUAUCGUUCCGAGAUUGUGUAUAUUCGGAACGUUCCAAACGUGCUGUCAAAAGGCCUAAAAAUUCAUCUUCUCAGCUAGAUGCAAUGGAAAAACGACUGAAAGUCGUUGAAUCCAAUCAAUUCUACCCUUCCCCAGCAAUCGAUGUUACAGCAAUAAUUCCAUUUCCUACCCUGCCGCCACCGAUCAAAGCUCCGUUACAUAUCAAUAAAAAUGGCACCACCAAGAAGACCGACUCCGAAGAAAUUGGGAAGUGUACAACGGCUCAUCAUUUUAUCGAGCAUGGCGAAAUAGAAUUCCACGGCACGUCCGCUGACAGGACAUUCAUGGAAGGGCUAAUCGAAAAACUCGGGGAUAGCUCCAUGACCCAUCAAAGGAUUCCUGUUGAUGGGUCUGUACCAGGUCUAUUCCAAGGGGAUGCGCGAUGCCUUGAUGAGGUUCCCUUACCAGGAAGAGAUCACGCAGUGAAGCUGGUGGAGGCUGCUUUCGACGCGCAAGUGCUGCUGCAUAUUGUUCAUCGACCAAGCUUUGACUUCUCUUUCAACAUGAUCUACUCACUUGAACCACGCGAAUACAGCUUGAAAGAAAGAAGAUUCUUACCACUUCUCUACGCAGUACUCGCCUAUGGAAGCUUAUUUGUCGAUCCAUUUGCAGAGAGACUAGAGUACGAGGAAGUGAUUACAAGAGCGUCUCGAUACUUCAUUAAGAGCAAGCAGCUGCAAGAUAUAGCAAGCUGCAAUGACCUUGUUUCUAUGCAGGCCAUCGUGUUCAAGAACCUUUUUCUUAUAUAUACCACCCGAACUCCAUUCUGCUAUACUUACCUUUGUACCUCUAUGUCGGUUGCCCUACGCAUGGGACUUCAUAGAUCCUUAAACAAUACUCAAGAUUUGAUAUCUCGAGAGAUAAGUAAAAGAGUCUUUUGGGCUUUAAAGCUUCUCUCUUCCGAAGUCGCCACAUGCGUUGGACUUCCAACCUUGGUGAAUGAUGAAGAUUUGGACCAGGAACUACCCUUGGAGUUGAAUGAUGCCUAUAUAUACAAGGGUAAAACCAUAACACAACCUCCAAAUGAAGUGUGCUACUCAUCUGGGCUGAUUUGCUAUUCUCGGCUGCACAACAUUCUCCAUAAAGUGUUGAAAGAUAUCUACCCUCGGAAAGGCCGAGCCAGCGCUGAGGUGUGUGGAUCGAUGAGCUACACUGUCAGAGUGGAUAAAAUCCAUGAAAUCGAGCAAGAAUUAGAGAAGUGGGCGACAAUGAUACCCUUAGGCUACCGACUAGGAACGUAUUACCAAGGGCCCGCCAUACAGCGAGCCCAGUUCGUUCUCGCGCUGACAUAUUCCUACAUACAACUCCGCCUCUACCGACCAUUUCUGCACUAUGACAUUGAAACUGCUGAUUAUACAAAAACUCGGCAUAGUAUAAGCGUAUCUCCCUGCGCGUCUGCUUGUAUUCAAGCCUGUCACAAUAUAAUCGAACUGUGCGAAGACAUGUGCAGAUGGGGAUUGCUUACAGAAGCCAGUUGGCCGGCAAUUCGAUUCUUGACCAGCUGCAUGCUCACUCUACUGUACAUAACCAUUAUGCAUCAAGAUUCGUACGAGGAAGACACGCUGUUUAAAUCCUUGGCCAUGGGAAGAAAACUUCUCCACAUUAUGGAGAAGCGCAGCUAUCAGUCUCGACGAAGCAACACCAUCUUCAAGGCAAGACGAUACUUUAUUCUUCGCUCAAUUAUCAUUUCCAGCCUCUCCAUCAAGUAUGACCACAUUCGCGAAAAGCUUAUGAAAUAUGAGAUGGAUGCUCCCAUUGUUCGGCAAUGUGAUUUGUCUUCUGUAAGCGGUGUAUCUACCGCCUUACUUGGAGAAAAGAUAUUCACGCUAUCUUCUAAGACGUAUUUCAAAGACCGCGGUCUUAAGCUACACAGACAAAAUGGCACAAAUAAUGACUCGGCACAUCUGCCACAGUCACAAAGCCUCUGUGGAGAGCUGAAAGGACCAACUUCAUUACAGCAACGUCCAUUCCUGGGUGAAGCUGGCCAGAGAAGCGAGCAAAGUCUUUACAUACCAACCUCACAAGCACGAAAUGUUUUACUCAAGACUGAAGACUUUCCAAAUCAAGGUUCCUCGGAGCCUUCUAGCGCACCGACAAGUUUCGUUGCUUCUGUACCGACACCUACACAAGGAAGCUCCCUGGUGGCUGAGCCGACGAUAGGGCUACACCAAGAGCAAUUGAAUGGGUCAUGGAUGCACGCCCUUGGAUCGAUGAAUUAUUCUGGGAAUGUAUAUAGCCCUGUGAAAGAUCUAAUUGGGGGCACGAGUCCGCCUUUGGACGAUAUCAACGAGUUCUCUGAUAUCUGGGACUGGUUUUGA